AGAUUCCUCCGCGAAUUCGACUCCCUAAAAUAUUAGUCCGCGCAACGGACGGGCUACAGCGAACGCCGGAAGCUUGUUAUGAUUGAUGGGGUGAUUCAGCAGCGACUGUUCUCGUAUUGUAGAAACCACCUCCCAGAUUGCAUCUCCUAAAUAGCACCUCCAGAAUAGCACCUCCUAGAUUUCUCCCUUGCCUGCCGCUCAGCGCGCAAUGGACGCGCUACAGCGUCUCCUGCCGCCUUUCCUAAUCGACGAGAUCGAAACUCAUCUCUCCUCUCGCCGUGCCUUCGCGGCUUUCGCGGCCGUCGAGAGGUGCAUUCUCGAGGACCGCUCGCACCGGCGAGUAUUCGACAAGCUGGUAGCUCCGCUCGCUGACAGGAAUGGCCCGUGCGCCAAGGAGGGGGCGGCUGCAAGGGAGGCCAAAGACGCGGGAAGCCGUGCAUUCGCGGAUCAAGAUUUCGCUGAGGCUGCAGCCUGCUACAGCAAGGCCCUCCGGUAUGCUCCCCUGGCAUCACCUGACCUGCUGGCAGUGCUCUUCACCAAUCGUGCCACGUGUCUGCACAAAAUGGGCCAGCUGAUGCAAGCUGAGGAAGAUUGCUCCCAUGCCAUUCACCUCUCUCCAGCUUAUUGCAAGGCAUGGUUUCGCCGGGGAUGCGUUCGGGCUGCCCAAAAGAAAUUUCACAGUGCAGUCAGUGACUUCAAGAAAGCUCUUCUAUUGGAGGAGGCGGCUGGGAGCCGACCAGGGGCAAAGAAAAUUGUUGAUGAGCUGAGGAGGGUUUUGGAGGAGCAAAGGGAGGAGGAAGACGGGAAGAAUGGGAAAACACCCAGAAAGGAAGGGGCAGAAGAAGGAAGUGGGGCAGUGGGGAGAAACACAGUAGCUGAGCUUACAGCAGCAAAGGACUUCAUAAGAGGAGACACAGCAACAGCGGUUGAAGCAGCAGCACCACUGCCAGCAGCAGCGGUUGAAGCAGCAGCACCACUGCCAGCAGCAGCAGCAGCAGCACCACUGCCAGCAGCAGCAGCAGCAGCAGCAGCAGCAGCAACAGCAUGGUUACAUCCUCGACUGGAGGCAUUCCUCUCUGAAAUCGUUGACGGCCUUCAAGCCCGUCAUGCGGCAAAUGCUACCCAAAGUGCAAGAGCAAGCACAUGUGAUGGUUCGGCGACCACCCAAGCGGCAAGUCCAGGAUGGGCCCUCAGGUGCUCUGUGUCUCGCAGUGCAAGUGAUGCUGCAUGCGGUAACAUUAACGCUGCUCCUGCAUCAGCAGACAAAGCGGCUGUUACUGCUGCUGCUGGUGCUGCGGGUGCUGCUGCUGAUGCUGGUGCUGCUGAUGCUGCUGUUGCUGGUGCUGCUGCUGCUGGUGCUGCUGCUGGUGGUGCUGCUGCUGCUGCUGCUGCUGAAGCCCAUCAUGCCACUGCCACGCAAAUCGAAGCACCAGGCUCUCAGGGUCUUCCAGCCGGCACAGUGGUUCUCGUGGAGCAGCCCAUAGCCGCUGCUCUACUGAAGCCCCACCGCUCCUCCUGCUGUCACCACUGCCUCCUCCCCCUCCCCUCCAACCCCUUCCCUUGCCCCGGCUGCUCCUUCGCCCUCUUCUGCCAACCGUCCUGCGCUGCUGUGGCUCUUGGAGUGAGAUCAGCUGCUACAGCUACUACAACUCCGACAGACGCUACCGAUGCUACAUAUGCUACAGAUGCUAUCCUUGCUAGGGAUGAUGCAACUGCUACAACUGGUAAAAAUGUUACCACUGCUCCAGGUGCGGUUGAUUUGGUAGACCGGGGUAACGAUUCAGCGACAGGAGGAAAGCAUGUAGGCGCUUCAAAAUGCGCUACAGCCGCAUUGGAAAGGGGGACAGAUACAGGAGCUACAGAAGCAGAAGCGCUGCUACAGCCGGGGUGGAGGGCAGGUGUUACCCGGUGGGGGGAGCAUCUGGGGGAGUGUGGCGGCAGCAGCUGGCAUGCUGCCUUGCCGGUAGAGGCCUGCUUGGCAGGUAGGGUGGUGGGGCAGGUGGGACUGGGGGAGGUAGGACUAGCGCAGGGUAGAGGAAGGAGGAGUGGGGGGGUGGAAGAAGGUAGCGUAGUGGGGGUAAGAGGGAGGGGGUUCGAAUCCCUAUGUCAUCAUCUGGGGUCGCUUCCUCCUUCAUCCCUAAUUCAAGGUGUGAGGGUCGAGGGAGAAGAGGAGAGAGGGAAGAGAGAGGAGGUGGGGGAUGAUGCUGAGGAGGAGGAUGAGGAGGAGGAGGAUAGGGGGGAAGAGGGAAAAGAGGAGCAGCUAGGGAAACAAGAAGCAAGAGAGGGUCGGCAAGGUGAAGUAUGGCCUGUGGACGAGUUUAUCCGUAUGGCUCUGCUGGCUAUAGUGACGUCUUAUUGUGUCAACUCCUCCCUCGCUGCAGUGUCACGGGAACUAGCAGAUGCAGGCAGAGACAGGGGGCGGGAAGAAAUGCACGAUGCGAAAGAGCCUCUGCAGCAACAGCAGCAGCAGCAGCAGCACGAGCACUGGCGGCGUGCUUUUGCCCUUCGCCAGCACGUUACUCGCUUCCGGGUGUCCAGUCAGCAAGUGCUUGUGGUGCUGGGUCAACUGCGGUUCAAUGCGGUUGCAGUGAGCAGAGUGAGAGGAGGGGAGAGUGGCGGCACUGUUGGUCAACUGGAGGGCAUUCAACAGGUAGGGCGGUAACCACACCCUCUCAAGUGCUUGUGGUGCUUUUGAGUCGACUCAAAAGUCAGCUGGGUCAGCUGCGGUUCAACGCGGUUGCAGUGAGCAGAGUGAGAGGAGAGGGGAGAGUGGCGGCACUGUUGGUCAACUGGAGGGCAUUCAACAGAUGGAGAUUCUGUGUUGCUGUUGUUGGACCGUAGGAAUUCUGAGCAGUUCAAGCACUCUGAACAGUUCAAGCACUCUGAGCAGUUCAAGCAUUCUGAGCAGUUCAAGCAUUCUGAGCAGUUCAAGCACUCUGAGCAGUUCAAGCACUCUGAGCAGUUCAAGCACUCUGAGCAAUUCAAGCACUCUGAGCAGUUCAAGCACCCUGAGCAGUUCAAGCACUCUGAGCAAUUCAAGCACUCUGAGCAGUUCAAGCACCCUGAGCAGUUCAAGCACUCUGAGCAAUUCAAGCACUCUGAGCAGUUCAAGCACCCUGAGCAGUUCAAGCACUCUGAGCAAU